UUGCGCAAGGGCGGGGAAGGGCGGGGACUGCGGGCGUCACGUAUCUCGCUGAACGAGCUGCCCUUCGCGGGGGAAGAACCGGCCGGGGAAGGUACCAGUUAAGUAGCUGAAGAAAUCUGGAAUUAUGGAUCACGCCAGGAAAGCAAUAUUUAACAUGUUUGGCGCAGAGCCCCUCUCCUAUACUCGCUUCAGUUUGGCCCGGCAGCCGGACGGGGACUGCAGCCGCGUGGAAAUGAAACUGUCAGCCGAGGAAGAGGAAGCAGGGGAGAACGGCAUGAUCGACCAUCUGCCCCCCAGGAAGGCCAAAUACAGGAACCAUCGGCACCUGUGCUGUGUGUGUGGAGGGGUGGCCCUCCUUUUCCUAAUAGGAUUUUUGUUUGGCUACAUAAGUUUCCGUGCCCGGAUGCCACCAGCGCCAAAGUGUAGCAAUGGCGCUGCGUCAUCGAGUCAGGGGGUCUAUUCGUCUGAAUACUCCGAAGCCAACAAUCCCCCAUCCGAUCCAGUGCUCUACUGGGGAGACCUGAAGAAAUUACUGAACGAUCGGCUGACGCAGGCCACCUUUGAAGGGAUGAUCCGGAAAGUGUCCUCUGGGAAUCACGAAGCCGGCAGUGAACGGGACGAGCUCCUGGCCUAUGACAUCCACAAACAGUUAGAGUCUUACAACUUGGACAGAGUCUGGGAUGACGAGCAUUAUGUCCGUCUCCAAGCCAGGUCUUCAAAUGUAAUUUCUUUGGAAGAUGCUACAAACACAAUGGUGGAGGCGCCCAGGGUUUUUGUAGCCUACAGCGAAAACGGCGAGGUUUCGGGCAAACUAGUUUUCGCCAAUUAUGGCCGUAAAGAUGAUUUCAGAGUCCUCCUCGACAAAGGUAUCGCCCUGAAUGGCACAGUGGUCAUUGUACGAGCUGGCAGCAUUACUUUUGCUGAGAAGGUUGCCUACGCCAAAGCACGGGGCGCUAUAGGGGUGUUGAUCUACCCGGAUCCCGCUGAUUACAGGAGCCUUGGAGAAACGGUGGCUCUUUUCGGACACGCUCAUCUUGGUACUGGUGACCCUUAUACCCCUGGCUUCCCUUCUUUCAACCACACUCAGUUCCCCCCUGUCCAGUCUUCGGCCCUCCCCGGCAUCCCCGUCGCAAGCAUUUCGACUUCUGGUGCAAAAAAAUUAAUCCGUGUUCUGGACGGAUCAGACUGCCCCACCACGUGGCAAGGCACGAUCUUUCGCAAGUGUUCUGCCUCCUCGCCCGGAACGAACGUGAGGCUCAGGGUUAACAACCAACUGGUAGAGAAGGAAAUCCUGAACAUCUUCGGUGUGAUUAAAGGUUUUGUGGAGCCAGAUCGAUACGUGGUGAUUGGAGCUCAGCGCGACGCCUGGGAAGACGGAACGGUGAAAUCUGCUGUCGGGACGGCGCUGUUGCUGGAGCUGGCCCACACCAUCUCCGGGAUGGUCAAAACUGAUGGCUACAAACCUCACCGGAGCAUCAUCUUUGCCAGCUGGAGUGCGGGCGAAUUCGGAGCCGUUGGUGCCACAGAAUGGCUGGAGGGCUACGCCGCUUCUCUGCACCUGAAAGCCUUUGCGUACAUCAAUCUGGACGCCGCCGUUUCAGGAUCCAAGGAAUUCCGGUUCUCUUCCAGCCCCUUGUUGAAGAAGCUCCUGGAGGAAGCAGUCACAGAUGUUGCUUUCUUGCCACUCAAUCUCCGUGCCGCUUUUGCAAGCAAAGAAGUUCCGUUUCGCUUUGAUGACGCAGCGCGAACAUUCAUCGCCUCUUCGGGGAUCCCCUCCGUCUCCUUCAGCAUCAACAACGGCGGAGACUCCUACCCCUACCCCUAUUUUGGCACGGCGGAGGACAAUCCGGGCAAUCUUCUCGCGGUCUUUAGCAACAGCAUCACCACGAUGGAGAAUGCGAUGCGUUUGGCUGCCCUAAUCGCCGGCCGGAUGGCGCUCAGGUUGACCCACGACCGGGAACUCUACCUGGAUUACAAGAGCUACGACAGCCGGCUGCACAGUUUUGUCACCAGCCUGCUCCCUUACCAGAGGGAAAUGAAGAAGCGAGGUUUGGAGAUCCAGUGGCUCUUUCGGGCCCGCGGAGAUUUUACUCGCGCUACCACUGCGCUGACCCAGGAUGUGAAAAACACAGACCUCAACGACAGGGAUGCGUCCCGUCUCCUGAAUGACCGGCUGAUGAAAGUGGAGUACCAGUUCCUCUCACCAUACGUCUCCCCCAUGGAUACGCCUUUCCGCCACAUCCUCCUGGGCUCCGGAUCCCACACCGCCCAGGCCCUGCUGGAACACGUCAGCCUGCUGAAGACCAACUCGAGCGCCUUCGACGAAGACCUCUUCAGGAACCAGCUGGCUCUCUUGACGUGGACCAUCCAAGGAGCAGCCAACACCCUCUCGGGCGACGUUUGGGACAUCAACAACGAACUCUGAAGCCCCUGAUCCCCCCCCCCACCCUUCCAAAAGACCCACACACCCUCUUCCCCCCCUCCCCCCAACCCGUUGCCCAGUUACGCCUUUCCCUUUAGCUUUUCAGCAGAAUUUUUAGAGGCCCCAGAAGUCAAGGAGGAAGGAUUCAAAUCUUGGGAGAGAUUUUAGAUGCGAAUCGUCGUCCCUGCCCAAUGUGUGCAGAGGAAUUCUGUUUUUCGAGUAAGCGAGCCCUGGCUGGACAGAAAGUCCAUAAGCCCGAUCACGUUCCAGUUGGCAUUAAACUCCCGCAAAGCAAAAGGCUUUAAUUGCUAGCCCUCCACGGCUUGUGGGGGGGAGGCGGGAGCCGAGUUCCAGCCUCCCGCACAUUAUUAAGAGCCUUUGCAUCAGCCCUGGAACAUGGAGCCUUCUGUCCGGUUUCCCUCUGGCCGCUUACUCGGGAAAUGAGGUGAAGGGGAUGGGUCCGGCGGGCACGAUUUAGGAAUUAGCAACGGGGGAGCCCUUUUCGGGGAGAGCCGGGUUCGUGUUUGUCUUCUUGCUUUGUGGCCUAUCGGGAAAAUACGAGUGAGUUUCCAUCGGUUGCACUGGGCAGGAUGGCGAGUUCACCUGGGCUCUUGGCCCUGAGAGAUAUUUAUUAGUUAUUUAUUUAUCAGUGACAGUGUUCACUAUAAAUGCUAUUUGUGUUCUACCGAAUAUAAUUAUCGGAAGCAGUGACUUCCAUAAUUAUGACAGUUAUACUGUCGUUUUUUUGAUAUAAGUAAUAAAAAGCAGCAUCUGCUAAACCGUGAGGAGGACUGGAGGUUUGGGGGACCCCAAAGUUUUAGAACCGGGGAAGUGAAUUUCCCUCCGCUGCGGCAUUUUAAGAGCUCACCGGGGAGAAGGUCUUCAGUUGCUGCUUCUUCUGUUGUGGUGAGAGGGCAGAAAACACCCUGGCACCGUCCAGAUGUGCUGGGCCGAGCCCCAGGAUUUGAGCAGCUGUGCCCGCUUUAAAUUCUGGUCGUGUUUGGAAGGUGGCCCCGUUUGACAGCCGACGUUGGCCUCGAUCCCUCUGGGCCAGGGGUCUCCAACCUUGACCACUUUUAAGACUUGUGGGCUACAAUUGCCAGAAUUCCCCAGCCAGCCAUAUGCGUUUCCUUUUCUCUUAACCUCCUAAAGUGGAGAGAUCGCAGAGGAAGGGAUUGCAAGAGAGUCAUAAGCUCUGCUGGGUGAGGAAGUUUUAAAAGUUACCAAGGUUGGAGACCUCUGCUCUGGAUUGUUGCUUCGCUCGACACACUCAGGGGGACCUGGUCCACAUUCCCUAGAUUUCUUCCUAUCCAGAAGCGGCCAGCCACUGCAGACCCCCUCCCCGUGUGGGCUUCGACCUAGCCCCCCCCCCCAUGCCUUUGCCGGCAAGGGCUAAGCAGAAGGGAGCCGGCUACAGGCUUUCGUAUCCAUCUCUGAGCCACUGCCGAAGAGCCUCCAGUCCUGCAGAGUGACGGUGAAUCCCAUUAUCGGGGGCAGGGUCUCCCAUAAUGACCAAGAACAAGGUAGCUUUUGCCUACCAGAGUGUUAUAUCGGAGGCAGUGACCUCCAUAUGU